AUGAGGCAUCCCGCCGAUUCCCCAGCAUGGAGCACAUUUGAUAGUUUGCAUCCUGAUUUUGCUGAGGAAUCUCGCAAUGUUCGAUUGGGAUUAGCGUCAGAUGGAAUUAAUCCCUUCAAAAAUAUGAGUGUAUCACACAGCACGUGGCCUGUCAUAUUAUUUCCAUAUAACCUUCCUCCAUGGAUGUGCAUGAAAGAGUCUUCUUUUAUGUUAUCUCUAUUGAUACCCGGUCCAUCAGCUCCUGGAAAAAAUAUUGAUAUUUAUUUGCAACCACUUAUUGCUGAUCUAAAGGAUUUGUGGGAAGUAGGAGUUGAAACGUAUGACACAUCUAAAAUGCAAAAUUUUCAGCUACGUGCUUCAUUGUUAUGGACAAUUAGUGAUUUUCCUGGAUAUGCUUAUUUAUCCGGGUGGAGUACCCAAGGUGAAUAUGCAUGUCCGGUAUGUAACAAAGAAACACAUUCUAGUAGACUGAAACAUGGUGGAAAGUAUUGUUACAUGGGUCAUCGAAGAUUCCUACAUAAAGAACACGAGUUUCGGAAGAAUAGACGACUCUUCGAUGGCACAGUUGAGUUUGGAGAAGCACCGCAACAACUAUCUGGCGAUAUGGUGAUGGAUGACUUGAGAGACUUUACUAUGAAAUAUGGUAAGCUAGUUAAAGAUAAUCCAAAGCUUUUUAGUUGGAAAAAAAAGAGUAUAUUUUUUGAGUUGCCAUACUGGAAAGAUAAUAUGGUUCGUCAUAAUCUCGAUGUCAUGCAUACUGAAAAAAAUGCCUGCGAGAGCAUCUGUGCCACAUUGUUGGAUUUGGAUGGUAAAUCAAAAGAUAAUUAUAAAUCACGCCAAGACUUGGAACAGAUGGGAAUAAGACCUGAACUUCAUCCAAUUACUAAUGAAUGGGGAAAAGUUUAUUUACCGGCAGCAGCUUAUACAAUGAGCAAGAAGGAGAGAACAAUAUUUUGUCAGGUCUUGAAAAAUCUCAAAGUUCCUGAUGGUUAUGCCUCAAACAUCUCAAGGUGUGUUCAGUUAAAACCACCAAAAUUGCUAGGCUUGAAAAGUCAUGACUAUCAUAUUAUGAUGCAACAAUUAUUACCUAUAGCAUUGCGAAAAACACUCUCUAGGACAGUACGUUCACCUUUGAUACAGCUUAGUAAGUACUUUCGAGAACUAUGUUGUAAAGUAAUUUGUCCUGCUGAUAUCAUUCGUUUAGAGAAAGAUAUUGUUGUGGUACUUUGCCAAUUGGAGAAGAUAUUUCCACCAUCAUUCUUCGAUGUAAUGGUGCAUUUGAGUGUACAUUUGGCUACAGAAGUGAAGCUAUGUGGGCCGGUUCACUACCGUUGGAUGUAUCCAAUAGAGAGAUAUUUGGGCACAUUGAAAUCAUAUGUUCGUAAUCGAAGUAAACCUGAAGGUUCGAUUGCUGAAGGAUAUCUAGUAGAAGAAUGUUUGAGAUUUUGCUCUUUGUAUUUAGCUGACUAUGUGGAGUCAAAGUUUAAUCGAGCAUCUAGGAAUGAAACUGUUACAGAUAAUACAAAAAUAGGAUUAGAUGUAUUUACGAUUAACGGUCGUUCUCUUGGAAAAGGAACUGCAAUGAGAUUAGAUGACGUAACAUUGAAGAAAGCUCAUCAAUAUGUAUUGUUCAACUGUGAGGCUGUCAGACCAUACAUCGAGCAAUAUUGGGAAGUAGUUGAACAAUCUCAUCCUCACGUUGCACGUCAUCAGUUGGAACGUAUCCACAGUGAAAGGUUUGCUGGUUGGUUUGCUCAAUAUGUUGAAGGGUUAACUGUCUAUGAGGAAAAUCCAACAUUAAGAGCUCUGAAGUUACUUGCUCGCGGGCCUAAUAUAAUUGGAGUGAAAUAUAAAAAGUAUAUUGUAAAUGGUUUUCGGUUCCACACGAAAGAUUUGGAGUGUACAAAGAAAACACAAAAUAGUGGGGUGCGUGUUAAAGCUACAACGUCAAGUUUUUCAAGUACUAGGGAUCAAAAUCCAAUCUUAAGCGAGUUGGACUAUUAUGGAAUUCUAACCGAUGUCGUUGAGCUGGAUUACAAUUGUGGACAUAGAGUUGUGUUAUUUGAUUGUGAAUGGGUGUCAAAAGGAAAACGAUUGAAGACAGAUGCUGAUGGAUUUACAUUAGCUAAUUUUUCAAAUGUGAUACGCCAUUAUGAACCAUUUAUUCUUGCAUCUCAAGCUGAGCAAGUCUUCUAUGUAGAGGAUCCAACUGAAUCACAAUGGAGCGUAGUUGUCUCUGCUGCAGCACGAGCUCAUUAUGGCAUGGAACCUAUUAUCGAUGUGGAGACUUACUUACAAAGUAAUAUUUGUGUUCCUGCUGAUAGUAUAGAGUUGGAUGACUUUGGUUGGGUUCGUGAAGACAUCGAUGGAAUAGAGGUUGACUUAAAUGAAUGA